GGUUCCAUGUCUGGCCAAGGAUCAACAAGCUCCAACAGAAUCACAGAUGACGAGCUCAAUGCUCUCAUCUUUAAACUGCAAGCGUUGCUGCCUCAGCUUAAUCAUGGCCGCCAUGGCAGGGUAUCAGCAGCAAAAGUGUUGAACGAAGUAUGCAGUUACAUCAGGAGACUACGAAACGAGGUUGAUGACCUGAGCGAAAGGCUGUCUCAACGUCUGGAUUCCUUGGAUUUAAGUGCUUUUGAUGCUGAGAUUGUUACAAAUUUGCUGCAGCACUGA